AUGGCCUUUGUUACUGCUGUAAUGAUUCUCUGCCAAAUUUGCUUUUCUGUUUCAGCUAUUGGCAGUAUCUUCUUCAUUAUUGUACCAGUGACACAAUAUGUAUAUGCCAAUGAUACUGUGACAUUUGAAUGUGCUACUAAUACAACUCAAUUUGGUCUCUUUUUUGUGACUAAUCCAUCAGUUGCAGGUUCAAUAUAUACCUCUGGUGGAAUGGCAUCACUCACCCUAACAGCAACAAGUGAAGUAAAUGGUACAGAAGUUACCUGUAUAGUACACAAUGGAGCUACCACUGAACCAGCAUAUCUAUACGUACAAGGUCCACCUGAUAGUGUCAGUAGUUUAACAAGAUAUCAGUUAGAUUCUUGUUGUAUGUUUAUCAGUUGGUAUCCUCCAUUCACACUACCAGGACUAACAGUACAGUAUAUAAUCAGUGUAGGAACUGAUCAACAGUACCUUAAUGACUCUAUCACUAACUACACUUACUGUCCAAUGAACCCAACCAAUAAACAAUAUCUGUUUAACGUUACAACUACUAAUAAAGCUGGGAAUGGAUCUACUAGUAACAUAACUGUUGGAUUUCAAUCAAGUAAGUUAUGUAUACCGGACUAUAAUUAUAACCUUGAAAAUACUUAUAAUAAUUAUUUAAAAUAUUUAUUUUGA